CUUUUCUUUGUCGUGUGUAUAUAUUCAUACUAGACUAUGCUAUAACUCUACAUCGCUUCUAUAUCUUUCUAAACCGAACAUCUCCUCUUCCAAUGGAUUCAGCCAGUUCCCCAUCGUCACAGGACUCCGUACCCUUGACGCAAUCGCUUCAUGACGUGUUGUCCGGCCUCCAUCAACGCCCGUACCCUCAUGUCCCUAACCCUCCGAAUUGCAAGAAACGUGCCUCGGUUGCCCUUAUCUUGCGCGUCCGACCUACAUAUGAACACUGGCCAGAGUCUACCUCUUCGGCGGUGACGGACAAUUCAGCGUCUGUCCAGCAACGACUAGACACAUUCUUCUCUCAAUCGUGGGUUCACCAUGGCCAACCAGAGGCGCUCUUUAUCAAGCGAGCCUCGCGCGUGGGAGACAGAUGGACCGGUCAUGUUGCUCUCCCGGGAGGCAAGCGAGACCCCGAAGACUCAGAUGAUAAAAGCGCGGCGAUUCGGGAAGCCUCAGAGGAGAUUGGACUGGAUCUAACUGCGGAGGAUUGUGUGUACAUCGGCAACCUUCCCGAAAGAAUUGUAACGACGAGCCUGGGCACAAUACCGCUGAUGGUCCUAUGCCCCUUCGUCUUCUUAUUAACAUGCAGUGACUCGCCAACGCUGAAGCUACAACCCACCGAAGUGGCCUCGACCCAUUGGGUGCCACUGGAAGCGCUUUUGUCGUCUUCUCUGCGCACUGUAGAGCAUGUGGACAUGACUCAACGCCUUGCAAACAUGGGAGGCAUCAUGGCCCGGGUUGCGUCUCGUUCCAUGAUGGGUUACAUGCAGUUUCCCGCAAUUCGAUUGGCCCCAACAGAGAGCCUUCAAAGCAACACAACCCCCGGGCUAACCCCCAAAAAUGAGCAAAGACAGUCGCUCUUUCGACGGUUGUUCUCAUGGGGUAGCAUUAGCCCCGCUGACCAAGAUAUUGGAAUAAGUCGCCCCUUGCUCCUCUGGGGAUUGACGCUGGGUAUUAUGGCAGACUUCUUGGAUCUGCUUCCUCCCCACACAGCUGUCAAGCUUUGGCACUAUCCUAACUUCACAGCACCCGAUCUACGACUGCUUAUCAACGUGCUUACAUAUCGCCUGCGGAAACGCAAUAGGCGCUUGGUUGAGAGCGGAGCUCGACCGAAUAAUACUGCGGUGGAUGCCCAGACUGCGGCUGUGCCAGUAAAAGAGAUCGGUGGCAAUGACAAUGGCAGUCAGAACAAUAUUGGAAUCGAAGGACUUGGUGUCGGUCAAUACUACGGGCCUUCCGACAAGGGUCUUAACGGGAGCACAUAUGCGCUGGAAAUUAUGCUCCGAGGCUACUAUGAUCGGCUCCGGCUCGCCCUCUAUAUUUUCGUAGCAUGGAGGAUAGCCUUGGGCUCCACGGCGGCCUUCUAUGCAUGGAGAUUUCUUCGUCAGGUCCGAUGAUAACGAUGACUUCGCCAUUAUUCUGUAUACUGUAUAUCUACCAAUUCUGAGUUGAACAUAC